AUGGGUAAGCCACUUAAGGAUCUAACAGCAACUAAAAGAAAGGAAUUUGAGGAUUAUUUUUUGAUGCGAGAGUUGCUCAUGGGAAUAUAUGAGAAGGUUUUUGAAAGGCCUUCUCCUAUCCAAGAAGAAAGCAUUCCAAUUGCUCUUACUGGUAGUGACAUUCUUGAAAUGGCUAAAAGUGGGACAGGCAAAAAAGCUGCAUUUUGCAUUCCUACAUUGGAAAAAAUUGACCAGGAUAAUAAUGUUGAUAAGCUUUUGUCCCCAGAAGUCCAACCUUCUAUAGUUGUUAUUAAUUUUUAUUUUCCCAAGAAUUUAGAAACUUAUCUCCACAGGGUCGGUCGCUCAGGGUGGUUUGGGCAUAUUGGUUUAGCAGUUAACUUGAUCACUUAUUGCGACCACUUUAAUUUGAUUGAACAAGAAUUUGGAAUUAAAAUAAAGCAAAUUCCACCAUACAUUGACCAGAUUAUUCGUGAAGUGUAUUGUGGAGCUUUCCAUUUGGUUCCUUUAUCCGAUGAAGGCCUUGAUCUAACAGCAACUAAAAGAAAGGAAUUUGAGGAUUAUUUUUUGAUGCGAGAGUUGCUCAUGGGAAUAUAUGAGAAGGUUUUUGAAAGGCCUUCUCCUAUCCAAGAAGAAAGCAUUCCAAUUGCUCUUACUGGUAGUGACAUUCUUGAAAGGGCUAAAAGUGGGACAGGCAAAAAAGCUGCAUUUUGCAUUCCUACAUUGGAAAAAAUUGACCAGGAUAAUAAUGUUAUUCAAGAUAUACAGGUCGGUCGCUCAGGGUGGUUUGGGCAUUUUGGUUUAGCAGUUAACUUGAUCACCUAUUGGGACCACUUUAAUUUGAUUGAACAAGAAUUAGGAAUUGAAAUAAAGCAAAUUCCACCAUAUAUUGACCAGAUUAUUCGUGAAGUGUAUUGUGGAGCUUUCCAUUUGGUUCCUUUAUCCGAUGAAGGCCUUGUACAAGCUUUGGGUGAUUCAAUGACAUUUCUUAAUUCGCUUCCUAGAAAUUCAUUUUUGUUUAUGUUUGUAAAUUUCAUGUACACUGUCGUUGCAUGUUACCUCACUAGGAAUUCUCUAUACUCUGACAUAGAGAGUUCCAUAUUUUCUUGUCUUCUGUCUGUUUAUGAGCAGGAACAGGGACAAGGAACCUCUGUUAGACUUUGA